CAACCACCUCUGAAAGCAGGCGAUGCAGCGUGAUCACUAAUUUCAUGCACUCUUUGUCUCUUCCAUUUGAAUACCUGAGGUAGGAUAAGAAUUGAUGCUACUCCAUAUACUUGCUGUAUCUCUCAAAAGGCCAACCUGCCAGCACUGCAGUCCCACCUGUGUCCCUUGACCAACGGCCCAGGACCUGACUUGUACGACUAUUCCAAGAUGGACACCAGAAGUUCAACGUGGUUUGAAUCUACAGGCUAUGAUGAUUACCUGCUGGGUGAUGUCAAAAACAUCGCCCCUCUAAAAGGCAAGCGGGUAUCUGAUGGGUACGAAUCGCCGCCUCUCCAGCAUCUCCAUACUUAUGGAUCCAAGCCACUGCCACCGGCACCUGCCAGGCGCUCAGUGGCCUCCUCGAUGAGGUCAGAGUUGAGCAACGCCUUUCGGACACCAAGGCGAAGCGGUGACUUCGAGGAUCGUCACGUCAGCCAUGAAAGAGACGGCCAGGAUAGCAUCUCGGUCAUGCUGGACGCCUCAGUAACGGACUAUGACAAGCAUCAGCGGACAGCCCGUCGCACCAACUACUCUGACGAUAGCUAUCUCAGUCCGCAGCCGAGUCCUAUUUAUAGCAAUCGCUUCAGCCAGGGCAGCUAUCUGAGCUCCUACAGUCAAGGUAGCUACCGGGGCUACCAGGACCAAAGUCAUGGCCAUCACCAUCCCCCACACUCUGGGGCUUAUGGUUUCGAUCGUCAAUCACCCAGGGACGAGGAUCCUUAUGUUCUCCCUAAGCUUGGCACCUCGUUUCCUUGCAUACCACCAGACGAGAUCCUCUCGCCUCAGCCCAAAAGCUCCAUUUCCAAGAUUCUCCAGAUAGCCGGACAUGGGAGCAAGCCCAUCACAAGUCCAUCCAUCAAGUCCCCAACUGGACAUAACUCGGCAAACAAAAUCAGCCAGAUGACUGGCCUUGACACUACCGCCUCGACGUGGCACGCCAAUGCAGCCUCUUACAUUGAUGAAAUCUCACCUGUGUCGCCCAUCAGCUCCGCUGCAAGUCUGUAUAGCCAAGACCUCGAGAAUACCAUCUCGGAGCCGGAUGCGGACAUGAGCUACACGAACCCAUGGCGAUAUGAAGAUGUGUCCAGGGAUGCCGAGCGACCGGCCAGUCAAGAUGAAUCUUUUGGAUACCCUACUUGGAUGUCACAGUCGCCCAAUUCAGUACCAAUGGCGCUAAAUUUUCGCAAGUCGGGCCAGACCCAGGGAAAUCAUCAGCAGAGCCUAGACGAGUCGUACAGAUCAGCCGGACAUCCUGCGAGUCGGACGCACGCCAACCUUAUUUCGCCUCGACAGCGGCAGCGGCACGAUAGCAACCUCGAAAUGGACCUUUACCAUGUCACAACGACCCAAAUCGCACGAAGCACCAAGGAGCCCUCGCAAGACAAGCUAAUAGCCAAAGGCAUGCACGGCCACUCGUCAAUGGGUCCCCCAAUGUCAGGCAAUUUGCUCGCCUCUUCGGCACCUUCGCGACAUCACAGAAAGGACGACCAAACCAAGAAACAUGACAGCUCGUCAUCGUCCUUUCUGGACCGCGUCCACCAGUCAAAGACCCGCAACGGGCCACCGACUGAGCUCCGCACUGGCGGCGAAAGAUUGUCUUCUUUAGCUGUCCCAAAGACCAUCACCCCCAAAUUACAUUCUGCCCCAUCGAACCAGAGCGCCUUUGACCCAGAUACCGAUGACGAGGAUAGUCGAGCACCAUCGACCUUGGCCAAGAUGUUCAAGCGCCACUCCGGGGGCGUCGUCGAACUGAACAGGAACGUAACACCCAGCCAAGGGUAUUUCAAAGCGGCUCCCGCUGUGUAUGCGGCCGACCCUGGGUCUGCCUCAUCGUCGACAUAUUCGCUGGCGGUGCCACCGACUGCGAGCAGCGUGCCGAACCAGGAGCGUGUCGUUGUCGUCAAUCGAUCACGCAAGGCUGAUGGACCGGACACGCCGGUGCCUCACGGGAUGCUGCACAAGACCGGUGAACACUUUCACGGGCUGAUGGCUCAAGCCAAGAGCAUGAUGAGCAGCAAGUCGGAUCGCAAGCGCGAGAGCCUCAAGAGUAAAAUCAGGGUGAUUCCAGAAGGGGAGAUUAUUGGCGGAGGGGAUGGGAAAUGGUGAUGAUGAGAAUGCUUGUGC